AUGUCCGGAACGGCUUCGCCACGCUCGCUGCAAAGGGAAGAGGAGCGCGCGGAAGAGUAUGGUGGAGACGACCCCCAGGAUCCCUUGCCGAAGGUGGAUGGUAAGAUCCCUGUCCCCAAGGACGAGGCAGUCGAUCCGAACCUGGUCGCAUGGGAUGGACCGCACGAUCCCGAGAACCCGCAAAACUGGACGGUGGCGCGCAAGUGGGCGCUCACCACCCUCGGCGUCCUCAUGGCGGUGAACGUCACGUUUGCCUCCUCGGCGCCCUCGGCGGCCACCGCCGCCAUCUGUGCGGAGUUCGGAGUCAGUGACGAGGUCGGCUACCUGAUCACCUCCAUCUUCCUCUGCGGCUACGUCGUCGGGCCCCUGCUCUGGGGGCCCGGGUCGGAGCUGUACGGCCGGCGAGUCAUCUUCCGCCUUUCGCUCUCGUGCUACGUCCUCCUCCACCUCGGCCAGGCGCUCGCGCACAACAUCGAGACGCUGCUCGUGACCCGCUUCCUCUGCGGCGUCUUCGCCUGCGCGCCGCUCACCAUCUCCGGCGGCCUCAUCGUCGACAUGUGGGACCCGAUCAACCGCGGCAAGGCGACCGCGCUCUUCUCGUCCGGCGUCUUCCUCGGCCCCGUCCUCGGUCCCACCGUCGGUGGUUUUAUCAUCCAGAGCACGCUCGGCUGGCGCUGGGUCUUCUGGGUCAUGAUGAUCUUCGCGGGCUCGUGCACCGUGCUCGCCUUCGCCUUCCUCCCCGAGACCUUCGCGCCCGUCCUCCUCCAGUGGAAGGCACGGCGGCUGCGAAAGGCGGACCCGGCUACCAACGCGCAGCUGUACUCGCAGCACGAGAGGUCGGACUGGUCGAUCAGAGGCAUUUUGCACCGCACGGUCUACCGCCCUGUCCAGAUGCUCAUCCAGGAGCCCGUCCUCCUCCUCGUGACGCUCUACAUGUCGCUCGUGUACGGUGUCCUCUACGCGUUGUUCGAGGCGCUCCCGCUCAUCUUCGUCGGCACGCGCGGCUUCGACGUCGCCCAGUCGGGCCUCAUCUUCAUCGGCGUCGGCAUCGGCACGACCAUCGGCGCGUACCUCAUGGUGCCCACGACGAGGCACUACCCCGCCCUGCUCGUAAAGUGGCGCGGGUUCCCGCCCCCGGAGGAGCGUCUGUACGGCGCGAUGAUCGGCGCGCCCCUGCUCGUCGUCGGCUCCUUCUGGCUCGGCUGGUCGGGGAACUACCCGUCCGUGCACUGGAUCGUCCCCGCGCUCGCCACGAUCCCCAUCGGCGCGAGCGUCGCGCUCAUCUUCAACUCCUUCCUGUCGUACCUCGUCGACACGUACCUGCAGUACAGCGCGUCCGCGUUCUCCGCGAACACGAUCAUCCGCUCCGCGGUCGGCGCCGCGUUCCCGCUCUUCACCGUGCAGAUGUUCCACCGGCUCGGGAUCAACUGGGCGUGCACGCUCAUCGGCUUCGCCGGCCUGCUGCUCGCGCCGAGCCCGUUCCUGUUCUACAGGUACGGCACGUGGGUGCGCUCCAAGUCCAAGUUCUCCCCCAGCCUCGACUUGGUCAUCGCCAAGGAGCUCGAGGAGGAGGCUGCCGCCGCCGCGAAGGGUGUGGAGAAGGUUUGA